AAUGAAAUCCAUGUGUUUUUAAUUUAAAAAAAUCUUAGAUCCUAGAAGUAGCAAGUAGAUUUAUUUCUGAUUAGAUUUCAAGAUGACACGAAUUUGCCCAACCCAGGAAUGUAUUACUGAGUUCAAGUUGAACGUAAAUCCUCCUAACUUCGAUGAGUUCGAAAGAGACCCUAAGAGCACUGUGCAGAAAAACAAUGUUGUCAAAGAUAACCUAUCUGAUCACUCGGAGCCAGAGAGAGACGUGGAAUACCCUCGUGGAAACCCUUUAUGGAGCAGUCUUAAAAAUGACUACAGAUUCAUAAAUAAUGAUAUGAUAGAAGAUUUCUACGUACGACGAAAAUUAGAAAACCCAAAUAAUUUCUGGGAUACGAACAAUACCACUUACCUUGGGAAAAAGACCUUCCCAACUCUUAUGCAAGGCAUGGUUGAAUGUCUAAAAUUAGCCAAAGCAAGAGGGAUUCUGAUGACCCGUAGGUUCAAAAUAGACGCUGUGGACUUCAUUAGUGAGUACGUGUACAAUCAUGACCCCUACUACCCAGAGAGGCUUAGCGAACCCAAGAGCAUUUUCGACAUAGAGAAAUUUAGGAAAUUAGCCAUCAACGGCGAACGAGGACACUGCCCGACAUCUUGGGAUUGGGAUAGAGAGCAAGCCGCAAUCGUUCUUCAGAAGAACCUCAGGGGCUGGCUCGUCAGGAAGCGACCGGAAGUGCAGAGAGUCAGAAUAUUCCAUAAAGCGUUGAAAUUCCCAUGGAAAGUCCAACCGACAUCCGUCUAUCCUGACAACAUCUACGACCUCGUUGAAAUCUAUCCGGAAAUCCACUUGCCGAAUAACAGUAGGUGUGGUCUUACAUAUGAGGAUUACCUCAGUCGAAAAAAGGCCGCCUGGGAAGAAGAAAACAAAAAGAAAUUAUCAGAGGAAAGAAUCAGACAAUUUCUUAGAAAGAUGACUAUUAGUUCACAUGCCGACGAUUGAACGAUAUAAGCUAAUGUAACUGACUUCUGAUGUGUAUAAGUUAAUUUAGAACAAGGCAGGUUUCCUUAAAACGAUCUUAUUUCCAUCGAGUCAUGAGAAAGAUGAGUUCACUCCCGUUCUUCCCUCUUUAAUAUAAAUUCGGGUAAUCAUUGAAAGAACAUGCAAGAUGUCCCUUCUGCUACGCUCAACAGGAGUGAGGAAAAAUACACAUAAUUAUUGUAGGUACAA